CAGACAAGAGACUUUUAUUUGUUGCUCUGUGUCUGAGCUGGGCGGGUUACUGAGGAAGGGCCGGACAUCCAUCUGCAUCUCGUGGGCUUCUUCUGUGUGUGUGAAAAAAACUAAAACGAGAGAGAUCUGUAAUUGCAGGGCGAGGAGACGGAGACAGAGGAGGGACAAAGUACCUGCCUGUCACCGGAGAUGAUGAGGAAAACCUGGCAAGUGAUCGCGAAGGACUCGUCUGAUGAUGAGGACAACUUGACUGGGAUGUGAACACGGACCAUCAACCCCCUGAUCAGGAGUGUUUCCCAUCACCAUGAUGACGCCACGUGAGAGCUCCCUCCUCACCCACCUGCUCCUGCUCCUGCAGCUUCUCCUCCCCCUCACCCUGUCCUUUCUGCACCCUCCUCACCCCCCGCAGGUCCACGUCCCCACACUGGUCCCUCGCACACCAACGCCGCUCACCCGCUCUCGCUUCAGUGCUCAGGCUCACCUGGACUUCACCACUCACUGCAACUCCAGCUGCUUCCACAGAGGAGAGCAGGACGAGGAGCUGACCGACAAACUGGCCUUCGAGACCCUGUACGCUGACGGCUCCCGCACUCUCACUGCUGUGGACGUGGAGAGCGAGGAUGAUCUUGAGGGGGAUGUUCGUCUCUUUGCCUACUCUUCACCCAGCAGAGGAGCCAGAGUGAAGCCCAGACACAAGCGUGUAAGGCGGCAGAUCUAUGGGGCGGACGGCCGCUUUAACAUUCAGGGCGACAACUUCCUGUUGGAUUACCCUUUCUCCACAGCUGUGCGGAUCUCCACGGGCUGCACCGGCGUUCUUGUGUCUCAGCAGCACAUACUCACAGCUGCGCACUGCGUGCAUGAUGGGAAGGAUUAUGUGAAAGGGGCAAGGAAACUGAGGGUGGGCUUCCUGAUCCCACCAUCUAUCAAUAGCACAAAAGAAGACCUUAAUUCUGCCAAGAAGCCUCUGGUCCGCUGGGUGAGGGUGAAACGUACCCGCGUGCCAAAGGGCUGGAUCCAGGGCCCUCAGGAGGUCAGCAUGGACUUUGACUAUGCCCUGCUGGAGCUGCGCUGGCCUCACCGACGUCCCUUCAUGCGUCUCUCUGUGGCUCCCUCCUCUGAUGAUUUGGCAGGGAAGCGCAUCCACUUCUCUGGUUUUGACAGCGACAGACCCGGGGAGCUGGUUUACAGAUUUUGCCCUGUGGAAGAAGAGUCCAGUGACCUGAUAUACCAGCACUGUGAUGCCCGACCGGGAGCCAGUGGCUCUGGAGUGUACGGAAGAGUAUGGGACAACAGCCUAGAGCGCUGGGAAAGAAAGGUCAUCGGCAUUUUCUCUGGUCACCAGUGGCUGGAGAUAGAUGGGGAGAACCGCGAUUACAAUGUGGCCGUGCGCAUCACUCCUCUGAAGUUUGCUCAGAUCUGUUACUGGGUACAUGGUAACCGACUAGACUGUGUCCAGGACUAAGAGGGACAGAAGUAGGAGGAUGUGAAAGUAUAGCAUGAGAAACACAAGAAAGCACUAAGUGACUAAAAAUACAUGGUGGAAUGUCAUUUCACGUAAAGAAAACCGGAGUGAAACAGGAUUAAAUCCAUACAAACAUGUCAGUGAUUCAUUAAAGCAGAUUUACUUUGUGACUUUUGGACCUAGUUUCCCUCCACUAAGGCAUUUCUCUCUUGUGUUUAAUUUACUCCCUGUAAUUCCUGGGCCUAUUAAACAAAUCUGCCUGUGAGAUCAUCACUGCGGCAUCUUUUAAUAUGUAUUUGCCAAGAGUCAGUGUUUCCACUGUAUUAACAUAAACCACUUUUUUAUAAGAGGGCAACAAAAAAAACAUUUUCCAUUUUGUGUGCCGUGUGUUAGUAGACACAAUAUUUUCCAUCUGUGGAGGAUGGCAGUCUACUAUGUCUCUUCAUGUACUUUAUUGGGGAAAUGGUUUGGUAUUUUGGUACAGUAGCUCUUCAAGGAUCAUUCAGCUUCCUGUACCAUGAUCUGCAUUCUGAUAGAAACACAGCUAUAGAACAACUGACCAUAGUUUAUUGAGACCACUGAAACCACAGCAGGUUGUUCUUCUCAAUGUGGACUGGAAAGUGUUAAUUUUUAUUUUUAAAAAGUGCUUGUUAUAUUUUAAUAAACAGAGAUCUAUAGGUGUUUGUGUCGUUUUGUUUUCUAUUUUAAGUUGUGUUGGGUUGUCCUCCUGUGGUCAUAACAGGUACUGCACCACCAACUGACAUGAACAACGGGGAAGAGAUUCAGCUUGGUUUACAUUAAGAGUUGUAUUGAUAAGUCAGUUGAUGUGACAUGAUCAUUAAUCAUUUUCUCAAAUUAGAAUGCUAAAAGAGAACCUGAGAGCCAAAUAUUUGAAGUUUUUUUGCAAACCAUGAUCAGUUUUAGACUUGGUUGGACAAAGAUUAGUAAAAUAUUUAAUCUUGGGAUUUCAGACGCUUAUUUUACAUUUUACCAAACAAAGAGUUAAUACUGAAAAUAAUAAUCUGCCAUAGCACUAACUGAAUUAGAUGAGCAGCCUCUUGUCAUCCAAUCAUUUGUGCAGUAGUAUCUGAACCUGAACCAUUCACCAUGAUGCCAUUGGAGGUGAAAUUAAUCUGAUGUGACAGAUGACCAUAUGAUUAAAAUAUGACAAAUUUGAAAAAGUAGGCAAAGAGGUUUGAUUUUCCACAAGAAAAAAAAUAGCAAAAAGCAGAACAAGUCAAUAGUUUAGUGCUUUUUAUUAGAGAUAAGGAGACGAUACAAAACAUCCACCAUUCAAUAAUCAGUCUGAGCUCCAACUGCUGGUCCUUCAUAUACACAUCGCUCCCCAUCAAACUUCAUAACACCAAAGAUUUUAAAUCAAGGAAGUCCUGGUUUUAACAUGUACAAGGAAUGUUGUAUGUUUACUACAUCAAAUGCCAUGGUUUUUCUGACCCAGACCUGAAAAUAAUAAAAGGAAUUGCUUAAGUUUUGGAAUUUGCAUGUUAAUAAAAUGAGGAGAAAACCAUGGAGAAA